UUUAACCACAAACCCGGGGAAGACAAUCAGCGGCACUCCUGUGCUGUUAGCUGAAAGUCUAGUGAAGCGUUCAACUCCAUUAAAUACAUUGUGAGUGCAACUUUGGACCCAUAAUUUGCAUCUCUAAUGCCACACUCCAGCGAGCUUCAUGUCACUAUUUGCCCAAAAGGGAAACGGCCUAAACCAAUUUGUAUUGGCCCAGAUAAGUAUAAAUGCCAGUUCUGCAACAGGAAGGGGGAGUAUGCUGCGCUUGUGGCUCACGUACAGACUCAUGAGAAGACAGCGAUUGAAUUUCAAGAGAAAAAAAUCUACAAAUGCAACUUAGGAUGCAGUAAAAGUAGCCACUACCAUUGCUGUUGCUGCAAGAGGACGAUAAUCUCACGAAAUUACUUCACUGAACAUAUACACAAGUGCGGGUUAUCCAUAAACAUGCAGCUGCACACACCGUGCAGUUCUUCAUCGGUCCCCAGCACUUCAACAUCAUCCGGUCAUUCUGCCCCACCGAUCACCACCUCACUCCCAAGCUGCAGUGACAGUAAUGGCUCAAACCCUGAGUGCAGUGAAGACAACACCACCAGGAGCCCGAAUGUCCUUGACAUUAAAGUGAAGUCACCCAGUCCUCCAUCUUCACCUGCUCCUUUGACCGCCCCCUCUGACAGCCAGGAUGUUCUCAUGUCUGUGAACCCAACCCACAACAUCUAUGCUGAUAGCCUCAAUGUACCGACAUCAAGACUCAGACGAAUCAUGUGUUACUUCUGCAAUUUAAUUCUCAACAAGAAAAACAUCAAAGUACACAUUCAAAGACGACAUUUGUUGGCGAAUCCAGACUUGCUGCAAACGAAUGGACUAAACCAUACACACUCUCGCAACAUGGAGGACCUGGUAGCAGAAGGCAUUACACUCAAGAUGCUUAAUGAUGCUCGGGAGACGGUCAUGAGCAGUCCUUUAGGAGUAAUCCAAACACCCAUGAUUCUCUGGAGCCAGACCACACUGCCACUCCAUGUGCCCUGUAAUGCCUAUCUGAAGUUAGAGAACAUGCAGAGGACAGGCUCGUUUAAGAUUAGAGGUGUAGCAAACCAGUUCGCCCGAAGAUCCAGCGAGGGCCAUUUUGUCACACUGUCUGCUGGGAAUUAUGGGAAAUCCUUUGCCUAUGCCUCUAAACACUAUGGAACAAAAGGCAAAGUGGUGAUGCCUGAAACAGCUCCCAUCUCCAGAUCUCUGCUCAUACAAAGUUUUGGCAUUGAGGUUGAACGAGCGCCGACCACAUGUCUUAUGGAUGUCGUCAAUCGAUGUGUUAAAGAGGAAAAAAUGACUUUACUUCAUUCCUACAAUGAUCUGGAUCUCAUAGCAGGACAUGCCAGUCUGGGGUUUGAGAUCCUGGAGGUGCUUCCUGAUCCUGAUGUUGUAGUAGUGAGCUGCGGUGGAGGGGGUUUACUGGCUGCAGUCGCAGCAGUCAUUAAACUUUCAGGUUGUGAAGACACCAGGAUUUAUGGAGUGGAACCAGAAGGAGCAUGCACCAUGUACAAAAGCUUCAUUGAGAAAAAGCCUGUUGGCAUGGACAGCAAAAGCAUCGCCUCUGGUCUUGCACCACCAUUUGCAGGCGCCUUGCCAUAUGCGAUAUGUCAGAAGUACGUGGAGGAGAUAGUGUUGGUGACUGAUGAUGAAAUCAAGUCUGCUGUUUCUGCUCUCUACGAAGCCGCUCUCGUUGUCGAACCAUCAGGAGCCGCUGCCUUUGCUGCCCUUGUUAACAACAGAAUACCAGACAUUGCUGGCAGGAACGUUGUGGUAAUCCUGAGUGGAGGGAACGUUGGCAGUGAUGAGCUUACCAGCUUCCCGGACUGAUUUACACAAUGCCUUUGUCUUGGAUUAGAUUAUUGGAUUACCUGUUUAGUCUUUUAAAGACUUUGAACUAGUGAAUGAAGAUGUGUCUGACAGCCAAAUCACCAUCAUUAUUUUUCAUACAUAGAAAACACUAACAUCAAAUAAGUUGGUUACAUAAUAAAAUAA